AUGCUUCUCAAUUUGGGUCCGCCCACAGAGCUGUCGACGGCCAAGAUCAAGGAGCGUCGUGCACGCGUCGCCGAGCAGAUCAAAGCUUCCACCAACCAAUAUGUCAUCGCCCUCGAGAGCGCCAUCGAGGAGCACGAAGAAGCGCUCGAGGAGAGCUACCGCAGGUUCAAGCAGGAGGAGUCCAGCCGCAACGAGAGCAUCGCCGAGGACUGGCAGGCCAUCGGUGAGAUCUACGGUCAACUUCAGCGUGGUCACAAGAAGCUCUGCGAGUACAUCCGACCCAUCCAGGACGAGGCGCUCGCCAAGGUCGAGCAUAGUCUGCAGGGGAUUGAACAUCACUGCGAAACGGAGGUGGAGAUCAUCGACCAGUGCGAAGGCUACGCCAACGGCAACGGUGCGGGAAGCAGCGACCAAGGAAGCGAGCGAGGACAGCGCAAAUCGCCCAAGAGCGGAAACGGCAAUAAUGGCGACGGCAGCGAAGGUAGCGGAGGUGGCAGCAGCAAGAACGGCAAGCGAAAGGCCUAG